AUGUAGGAGGAUGUACCACUAAUUAAGAAAGACUUUAAAUCUUAUUUUAAGAUUGAAACUACUAAAGAAUAAAGAGAAAUAUAUUUAAGGAAAGAAGAUCUUUAUGAAAUUUUUAUAUAUUUUUUUCUUAUUAAAAUUUAUAGUUAAAAAAAUUAUAAUUUAAUUGUGAAAAAAUCAAUAUUGAUUAAAAAGUUGAUGAAAAACAACAAUAAGAUAGCCCCUCAAUAGAAAAAUAGCAUUAACUUUAUAUUAGCCCAAUAUUCUAGCAUAGAUAAUUUAGGAAGAAAAUACUAGAAAUAUUAUGAUCAAAAUAACCUUAUCAACAGCAGUUCUUAUUAUAACAUUCUCGGAGCUAUUCUAUCUUUUAUUUAGAUAAAUUACCAAUUGCAAGAGAAAAUUUUAGCACUUGAGAAAGUAUAGGAAUAAAGUGUAUAAAAAGAAGAUAAAGUAUAAUUGCAUCAGACUAUUUAUCAUUUUAUAGCUUUCUAACUACAUCUUAUAUAAAUUGAACUGAAGGAAUGGAUUCAUUUAAAACUUAAUCCAAUUUUCAAAAAUACUAAAGAAGAGCAGUUGAUAUAGAAAAAAUUAGUUCAAAAUAAAGUAGCUAAAAAAAUACUAGAAUUGAUAUCUAGAAUUUGCAAAAUUAAGCUAUUCCUCUUUAAUACUAGAGCUAAAUAAAAGCUAAACUAUUUUAAAGGAAAUUAAUAACAAUUAAGUAUACAUUAUGUGAAAAGCAAUUAAUAAAUAAUUAAGAGCUUAAAUCCAUAGCAUUGA